AUGGGCCCAGUUCAUAUACACCGUAGGACUCUUUUAUUUAUUAAACACCAAAUCUUCUCUUCUUUGCUUAGAAUAUUUAUCUGCGGUUUAUUAAUAUUCCUUUUCGGUGUUUAUGUUGGAUCUUUUUUUUCCUAUGAACUUCAAGAAGGCUCUUCAUUUAGAGGAGAAGGUGGUAUAUGGAAUGGAAUGAAUAUUUUUGGUGGACAUUAUGGGCUUAGUGAAGCUGAAUCUUUCUUUAUAGAUAUUGAUGAAACUAAUACCAGUUGUCUGGAAUCUACUGUUAAGAUGUAUAAACAAUAUGCAGCCACUGCAGCUGCGGUUGAGCAAACAAGAAGUAGAGAAGGUAUGUUAAGAAUUGCUGGUUUCUCACGUUUAUGGAUUCCACCUCUUCAUGCCACUGGUGGUAUGCAGUUUCAUGCUUUUCAUAUCUAUUCACAACUAGCAGCACGAGGUCAUUACGUGCAUGUUUUCGUUUCUGGUUCUCAAAGAAAAGCAUUAAAAACAUUACGAUAUUGUACAGAUCCCAACACACAUUUAUCAACACUUUGCAAUGAUGAAAAUGCACUGCUUGUAGUACAGCAAAUUGCAUCUACAAAAGAUGGUGAAUACAGUGUGGAAUGGCUUAAAAAUUGCCAAGCUGCAUUUCAUGCUGUUCAUGCUAAAAAACCAUUUGAUGUUAUUCAUAGUGAAAGCUGGUCUGCAGUACCUAAUAUUUUUCAAUUGGGUGUACCUUUUGCUGUUACUUGGCAUGGAUCUAUGUUGGAUUGGUUUAGAAAUGAAUUAAAUUAUAUUGUACACAAUUUUCAUUUAAAACAUAAAAUGCCAGGUCCAAAUGUAAUGAAGCGUAUGCAAGCACUUUCCUCUGCGGUAGCAUUAGAGGAAUAUAUGCUUCUUACCGUUCCUCAUCAUAUUGUGAUAUCCGAUGUAGCGAAACAUGACUUAAUAAAUAUUCAACAUAUUCCACCAGAGCGGGUGGAACUUAUUUACAAUGGUGUGAACCGACAUUUAUUUCGACAACGUGAGGGCCGGGAAGUACGUAAUGCCUUUUUAACCCAACAUCAUGUACCUCUUGGGAAUUUUAUCGUGGGUUGCGGUGGUCGUUUAGAGGCUAUUAAAGGUCAUCUUCAACUUUCUACGGCAAUGCGUCUUAUUAUGAAAAGAUUUGGGGAUGUUACUCUCCUCGUUGCCGGGGAUGGAAAUCAAAAACCUCUUUAUCAAACUUUACGAGCGGAAGGAUUUUCUGUUGUGAUGUUAGGAAUGCUAAAUCAAGAAAACUUGGCUUAUUUCUAUCAAUCCCUGGAUGUUUUUGUGGAUCCCUUCUAUCAAUAUCAUGGUCUGAACACUGUGAUGAUUGAGGCGGCCCUGUCGGGAGUCCCGCUUGUGGUAACAGAUCUGGGAAGUGCACGCUCUGUCGUGCCGUGUAAAGCGUAUGGACGGCGAUUUCCUCUCGGCAAUGUACCCGCACUCGUUAGAGAGAUUUUAUAUUAUAAAGUACAUCCAGAGAAGGCCGCAGAGGCCGCACGUAAUGCCCGUGAACGGGCCAUGCAUCUCUUUGGAAGUGAUACGAUGGCAAGUCAAUAUGAAAGUCUCUUCUACCGUAUAAAGAAUCAACCAGUCGGGUCACAGAAUAUUACAGGGAAACUUGUAUGCAAUCAUGUCUAUCCGGCACUAUGUUACCGUGAAGUGUCUUAA